AUUUGCUUUCUCUUUUUCAUUUCUUCCGGAUGAAAGGCUAAGCCGUAAUAGAAAGAAUGGAGAACUAUUCAUUGACCAUCUUUAUUCUGUGGGCUCUGAUUCUCCCAUGGGAACACCAAGGGAUAUUGCUUUUACAGAUGGUUUUCCAUACUGGAACUCAAAGGUAAAGACAUUCAAGGACAGACAUUUUUGGCAGAGAUGAAAAUGGCAAGUUCCCUGGCCUUCCUUCUGCUCAACUUUCAUGUCUCCCUCUUCUUGGUCCAGCUGCUCACUCCUUGCUCAGCUCAGUUUUCUGUGCUUGGACCCUCUGGGCCCAUCCUGGCCACGGUGGGUGAAGACGCUGAUCUGCCCUGUCACCUGUUCCCAACCAUGAGUGCAGAGACCAUGGAGCUGAGGUGGGUGAGUUCCAGCCUAAGGCAGGUGGUGAAUGUGUAUGCAGAUGGAAAGGAAGUGGAAGACAGGCAGAGUGCACCAUAUCGAGGGAGAACUUCGAUUCUACGGGAUGACAUCGCUGCAGGGAAGGCUGCUCUCCGAAUACACAACGUCACAGCCUCUGACAGUGGAAAGUACUUGUGUUAUUUCCAAGAUGGCGACUUCUAUGAAAAAGCCCUGGUGGAGCUGAAGGUUGCAGCACUGGGUUCUAAUCUUCAUGUUGAAGUGAAGGGUUAUGAGGAUGGAGGGAUCCAUCUGGAGUGCAGGUCCACUGGCUGGUAUCCCCAACCCAAAAUACAGUGGAGCAACGACAAGGGACAGAACAUCCCAGCUGUGGAAGCACCUGUGGUUGCAGAUGGAGUGGGCCUAUAUGCAGUAGCAGCAUCUGUGAUCAUGAGAGGCGGCUCUGGGGAGAGUGUGUCCUGCAUCAUCAGAAAUUCUGUUCUUCGCCUGGAAAAGACAGCCUGCAUUUCUAUCGCAGACCCCUUCUUCAGGAGUGCCCAGCCCUUGAUCGCAGCCUUGGCAGGGACCCUGCCUAUCUUGCUGCUGCUUCUCGGUGGAGCCAGUUACUUCUUGUGGAGACAACAUAAGGAAAUAACUGCUUUAUCCAGUGAGAUAGAAAGUGAGCAAGAGAUGAAAGAACGGGGAUAUGCUGCAACAAAGCAGGAAAUAAGCCUAAGAGAGAGCCUCCAGGAGGAACUCAAGAGGAGAAAAAUCCAGUACUUGACUCGUGGAAAGGAGUCUUCGUCUGAAACUGAUAAGUCAGCCUGAUGCUCUAAUGGAAAAUGGCCCUCUUCAAGCCUGGGCUUCCCACUGGCCAAACCCAACAGCAAACCAGAGGACAAGGGAGCCCAGUGGCAUUGUUCUUAAAGGACAGAUUCCUGGGGCCCAGAAGAAGGUGAAGAAAGCUGAAGGGUAGAGAGUGAACCUGGGGCAUAUAAGGCCUCACAUAGAGCCCAGCACAGAGACGGCCUUGCAGCUAUUAGAAGAUCAGAAGCUUCCUUCAUGCCCUGCUGUAGGCUGAGUACAUAACAUCAUUGCCUUUUACAACGCUAGAGAUUCAUGUUUUAAUCUGAUUUUUCAGGUGAGGAAAUGCUUCAGAUGAGGCUCCACCUUGUUAAACAAACUGGAUGUAUGGAAAAA